AUGGAUUUUGAAGAACGUUUAGAAACUGCCGAGAGAUCAGAAUCGCCCUCCUUGGUGGGUGCCUCGAUUAGAUCAGCCGAUGAUUCUCCGCAUAGAAACUAUAUUCACCCUGAAAAAUACCAAUCUUCUAGAUCAAAGUCCAAGACUAGACACAGUAAAUUGAACCAAGCCAUAUCGGCUUCGUUAGACGAUUUGAUCAACGAAGGCGCAUUGCUAAACUCCGAUGCUGACUUUGAUGAAUUCUUGGAUAGUGACGGCGGAGUCAAGAAAGAUGCUCAGUAUACUACCAAAAAGAGAGACGACCAAGCCACCAAGAACGAAAUCGAAAAGGCGUUGGAGAGCAAAGAGCCAGUACGCGCAAAGACGGCAAGAACUGCUGUCAACAAGGACAAAUUGGAUCGUGAAAGUGCAAAGAAACCAACUGAUAACUCAAUCGAGUCUUCAGCCGACUCUUUUUCUUCAACCACCGCCACAAAGCCCACGGCUGCUUCGCAGUUUUAUCAACAAGAGGACUAUUCGACCCCCAAUUUGUCCGAGUAUCAAUUGGACCAGGACAUCAAAGACCACAAGGACUUGUUGAGCCAUGUGCAAUCGUAUGACUUGGAGAAGUUGCCGCGCUCCAACUUGUCUUUGAGGCAGGAGGACGACAACGAGCAGCCACGGUCAAGGCCCUCUGCUAGAUCGAAUCAAACAUUGUCGACGGUGCAGCAGCAAAGAUUAGAGGGCAAUUUGCACACUCCAGUGUUUCACACCGAUAGAGCUAGGUCUAGAUCAAGAUCAGCUAACCCAACUGCAAGAGCUGCCGAUCGCUCGUCUUCUAGAUCAUCUGCAAACUCGUCGAGACCGCACUUGGCCAGAGGUGACUCAUACAAGAAUGUUCAUGGCGAGGAACCUUCGAAAUACGAACUCCCACCAUCAUUCUCCACCAAGGAAGAGCAAUUGAAAGAGGAGGAUGAAGUUGAAAAGAAAGAUGGUGGUGAUGGCAGUGAAAAUGACGGUGGUGAUGGCGAUGGUGAUGAUGAUGAUGAUGACAGACGCACGAGACAUUCUAGACCUACCAUGGGAGAAUCAAUUGCUGCUGCCGAGGCUAAAAAGGCUGCCGAAUUGAAAGCAAUUGACGAGAUCAAAAAGAGAAACCCUGCUUUUGUAUCAGACUUUGAGUCCAACCCAGUCACCAGGGACCCGUCGUUGGUCACCUCCGGUGAUUACACCAACUUUGAAGUUGACUCGCCUUCGACUGAGUUGCCAGCUUCUGACCACUUGUACGCAGCAAGAUCACAAUCGUCGACAAAUUACUUGAGGUCCAUCUCAAGGUCAAGAUCGAGAGCUAGACCACUUAACAAUGCCCAAGAUGAAAAAAAUGAUGCCAACACCGAUUCUUUGAUUGAAGAAGGUGCUCUUGUGACUGAUGACCCAUAUGCGUCGAUUACUCAGUUGGAUACGAUGGUGAACAAUGUUUUGCAAGGUAAAGAAACACCUGGAGUAAAUUUUUUACCGUUGACCGAGGAGACAGAAAAGGAAGUGGAGGCUGAAUCGACAGGAACCGGUAAUAAUUCAGAGAAGAAUCACAAGAAGGAAGAAGAAAGAAAAGAAAAAGAAAAAGAAAAAGAAGAACCCGUUCAAGAGAAAAGUGUGACUGUUAAGCCCAGUACUGAUGCAAAAAAUACAAAACCAUCAAGCGAAAAAAACCCUCCGAAAAAUGCAAGCCAUGCAUCAAGUAAGCCAGAAAGUGAGAAAACCACCUUGGAACUGGAUACUCACGAGAAGCCGAUUGACGAGGAUAUCGAAAGGGCAAAAAUCCAUAGCAAUGAGAAAGACGACUCAAAUACCGACAAUCUCAAAGCAGAGGGUGCGCUAGUCAGCGAUGAUCCGCUAGAGAACGUAGAAAAGGUGGACGAGGCGGAUUUAGAAAAGGAAGGAGUAACCAGCGGCAAGGACGUGUCUCAACAAGAGACCGAAUCAGAAAGAAAGACUGAGACUAACAGCAAAGGGAAAACGCCGAAAUUGGAGCACACUAAGAAGGACCCCAAGGAAAAUUUGUUGGCUGCCUCGGGUGAUGUCGAUGGGCCUGAAGAUCUAGAAAAAAUGGAAGAAGAGGCAGAGGGAGAAAAAGAAAUCAACUUGGAAUCGGCCGAGGAAGCCAAGGGCAAAAUUCCGGCCGACGAAAAAGCCGAGUUGGAAUCGGCCGAGAACAAUGAAAAGGAAAGCGAAUCUGCAGCGGCAAACCACAAAGUCAGGACGACUGAAGUAACCAAGGACGUCAAGUAUGAUUCAGAAGCAACAACACCAAGCAACGACGGCGAUGACGGAGAACAAGAUGACGACUUGGAGAACUUGAACGUUUCGCCUGAAGAAAUCCGUAAACAUCUUGAGUCACUCCCCAUUUACAUCUUUACUUCCCUUGCCGGUGGAAUGCAAAUCAUGCCACGAACCAAUAGAUUGGCUACAAUCUUGCAAGCCAACGGCAUCAAGUUUGAGUACAGAGACUUGGGUACCGAUGAAGCUGCCAAGAAGAUCUGGAAAAGACAAGCUGAAGGCAAGACGCUACCUGGUGUUGUACGUGGUGACGAUUUCAUCGGCAAUUGGCAAGCUAUCGAUGAAGCAAACGAGGAGUACAGGUUGAAGGACUUGCUCUACGAGAAUUUCUAA